CCAAUGGAGAGAUCUAUCUGUCUUGGUGGAUAGACAAAAGGCAUUUCAAAUCCCUUAGGUUUUAGAUACCAUUAGACAUAAAGGAAAAAAAAUUCAAGAAUGCCACUGGAGAAAAACGUUCGCCCUUCAUCAGCUUCAGGAAGAUUAGAAAGCAACCACAAGACCAGCAUCCUCGCUGAACUGGAAGGCACGGCGCAGAGAAUAAAGAAAGCAUCUGUGGGUUGGCCUGAAAAAGCAAAGGACUUUUUAGCCCCUCAACAUUUGGGUGUUGGUGAGGACAACAAGGACCCAGAAUGGCAGGAGCGACAGCCCUCCAACUUUAUGAACUGUCUGAUCAAUGGAAAGAUAUCAUUAGAUAAUCUCCAAAAAAUGAAAUUUGCACUUGAGGAAUCUGAUGCGAGUGGGAGAGGAUACACUGAUGUAGAGAAUUUUGGAUAUAUUCUGAAAAAGUGCUUUGAAGUGACUAACAUGAGCAAUGGACAGAUUCAUAGUUUGUUUAAAAAGAUUGAUUACUCAGAUCAAGGAAGGAUUUCAUGGGCGGAUUUCUCCAAUUAUCUGCUUGAGCAGCACAAAGCAAAGGAAGAAACUGUGAGACGCACCAAGAAGGUGGCGUUUAAUUUGCCAGCCACCAUGAGCGAAUGUGGUCAUGGCGUUCCCAUAGUCAACAUCCACUCCCUUCAUGAUGGCACCGUGUUAACAGUGAGAGAGGAUGGGUUCGUGUGUGAGUGGAGUCCUAAACUUGACCCUCAGAGGACCAAGCUCAUGUUUAGUGAGGGACCUGCCAAUAGAAGGUCAAAGUGGGUAACUGAUUUCGCUCUGAUGUCGGAGUACAAAAAGUUGAUGAUCGGAACAGGGGAUGGAGAGAUUCAGUUCUAUGAACUUUCUACUUUGAAGCCUUAUUGCCAGAUCAGUGGCUUGGAAACAAUACCUUUAACUUUAGACUAUGGCUACAUUGGCUCUGACAAAUGUUGUUUUCUAUAUGGAGACAUGGAGGGAUGUGUUACCAUCCUUUUGCUGUCCUCUGCUGAUGAUACCCUCAGAUUAUGGAACAGAUUACCAAAGGAUGAAAAUGUACCUAAUAUUGCUAUUAAAAAUGCUGCGCUCUCUCCAAACGUGACAUUUGUCAGGUGGAAGGUCCAUCAUGACUGGGUGACACAGGUAAAAUAUUUUCGCAGCUUUCAUGCUGUUGCCUCAUCAUCAAAUGAAGAGUCGUCUUCUCUUGUUGUAGGCUGUCUGCUGCCUUUAACAGAUUCUGCACAGCAGCUCAGGGAGAUCAGAGAGGUUUGCUACAAGGGUAAAAACAGGAAGAUCCAACUAAGCUGGACUCCACAGGUCCGUGCAUCUGGGGAUCAAACCAUCUUCUCCGUCCACAAAGGUGUAAAGGCUUUUGACCUUUGUCAGAAGCACUGUUUGCUGGUGACCGGAGGCAUGGACAGACUAAUACGCCUGUGGAACCCACGUUUUUCAGAGAAACCCAAUGGUAUUUUAAAAGGCCACUCUGCUCCCAUCUUCUCCCUCUGCAUCUCAUCAGAGGACAGCAGGAUCUUUUCUGUCUCCACAGAUGGCACAGUGAAGAUUUGGCACAUUCAAGAUCAGUCUUGCCUCUUUACAGCCGACCCCAAAGCCAGCGGGAUUCAUGGUGAUGUCUCUGCGUGCUCCUAUUCCCCUGCCAUGAGAUCCCUGUAUGUUGCAGCAGACUGCGUAGCUGUGCUCCCCUUGAUGUUGAGGCCAAGGCGUCACAGUCGCAUCACGGUUUCUCAUGACGAGGCUGUAACGUGCUGCGGGUACAGCGAAGAGUUACGGCAGGUUGUGAGCUGCAGCGAGGGGUCUGUGGUGAAAGUGUGGGAUUUUGAAACUGGACGACAAAUUUUUGAGUUUAAUGCAACACCAGAUCUGAGCACCAUCACCUGCAUGACAUUUGACAUUAAGGGAAGAAGGCUUGUCACAGGAGGAAGUAAUGGAUGCUUAAAGGUAUGGAACUUCAACAGUGGUCAGUGCCUAAAGACAUUAAAGAAAGAAGGUAAAUGCCAACAGGUGUGUGACUGCAUCAUUCUCAGGGUACAAGGAAAUUUCUAUGUGGCUGCUGUCGGAAGAGACCGGAGGAUUGACAUUUAUCCAGAUGUUCCUGAGGACCCUUAUCAUGUCCAGAGACCACAACCGUCAUGGAAAGACGAUUUGAAAAGUGGCCAUAAGGAGGACAUCCUUUGUGUGGUGCAGUGUCCUCCCUCUCUCUUGGCCACUGGCAGCUACAAUGGAGAAAUCAUAGUGUGGAACGCAGCCUCCGGAUCUAUAAACUGUCGGUUUGUUGGACCUCUCUCAGCUAGAGAUCAGAAAACUGAAGGAUUGGAUACAAGUGUUCCAAGCAUGGUUUUUAUCAAGAAGUUAAAGCUGCUGCAGCGUUCUCCGACUAUUGCUCUCCUGGCACCUGGAGUCAGAGGGUGGGUGAAUCUCUGGGAUGUGCACAGUGGAAGAAAGCUAGUGAGCAGCUUCAAAGUUUCAAAAUUUCAACAGAAGAUAACAAAACUGUCCAUGACUGAUGAGAGGACGCUGCUGUACGCUGCUGACAGGAUUGGUUACAUCUAUGUUUACAACAUGGAGACGUUUGACCCAGAGCAAAAGUCGCCCAGAGCUGAACAUUUCUGGCGUGCCCACACCAGCUCAAUUACCAGCAUGGAGAUUGUCACCAGUGAUCAAGUGGUGCUAACCUCAUCCACUGACCACACGGUGAGGCUGUGGAGUUCACAAGGAGAACUUAUCGGGACAUUUGGCCAGCCUGAGAAGUGGAAUGUCCAGCUUCCCUCAUCCUGGAUUCAUCCGGGUGUCCCCUAUGAGUUUCUGAUUGAACCUCUCAGUGUGCCACAUUAUGAUAUUCUGACGAGAAAAUCACAUCUCUCUGCAACCAUCAGUUCUGACGUGGCUGAGACUGAUAGAGGGGAACUAAAGACUCUGUGAUGAAAUUCACUGGAAUACUAAUACACCAUCAAACAACUUCGUCCUGAAUGGCUUCAGGAGCUUAGUGCGAUUGAAUGCCUGUGAACCACCGAAACUCUCUCUGACAUCGAUCCGCUCAUCAGCCACAUGGGGGAGCUGGAAUUAACUGACUAUGAUGAAACUGUAUUGAUCAAAACUGAGAAAGGGGGCCAUUGCAAAGUUAUGAGUCAAUGUAUGUUAUGCAGUUUAACGACAAUGGCAGACACAUCCAACACUUCAGUCAGGCCUGUUUUUUUUUCCACAUCAGAAACACAUGUUUAGUUUCAAACUUACUUUAGUGACUUUUUCAUAAAUAGUUCCAUUGCAUGCAGUAUAAAUAACCACCAUUUCUGGUACA